UCCCCAGAAAACCAAAUGAAUCUAACACAUCAAACCAAGGAAAAUUAGACAAAAUUAAAGACAAUGGCCAAGUUAGCUCUCGUGGUUGCUUUCUUGCUUCUUGCAUCACUUUUUCAACCUCUCACGGCUCAGUCCAGUUGCCCAGGAGUGAAAAAGGAGACAUGGCCAGAACUUAUUGGGGUACCAGCUAAGUUUGCAAGGGAAAUAAUUCAGAAGGAAAAUCCAAAACUAACUAAUGUUCCAAGUCUACUGAAUGGUUCUCCAGUGACAAAAGAUCUUAGAUGUAAUCGAGUUCGUCUUUUUGUUAAUGUGUUGGACAUUGUUGUACAACUUCCCCGGGUUGGUUAGGGAAAAAAAUUUACCCGCGCCAGGUGUUUAACUAGCCCCAAGAAAAUAAAUUGGAGCCUUAUAAUUAAUGCUCCAUAUGUAAUCAAAACUAUUUGGUGAUAAAUUAAGUGUGGCUUUUAAUUUUAAUGUUAA